AAAAGGCAUCACUUCUCAACUGAAUCCUUUCCUUCUUCCCCUAACUAGCCACAUUUGGAAGGCUAGUGGUUGAAUUUUCCAGCGAAAUGAGGCUUCACAGUGGCGGCCCCGCCAAGGGUCGUCAAUAUUUACCACAAAUCUUAGUGGCAUUGGCCAUAUUGGCUGUUGCUAAUGUAGUGUCGGCAGACCCUUAUAUAUACUCUUCUCCACCACCUCCAACCUAUGAGUACAAGUCGCCACCACCUCCUUCACCUUCUCCACCACCACCUUACGUGUACAAAUCUCCACCUCCUCCCUCGCCGUCUCCCCCACCACCAUAUGUCUAUAAAUCACCUCCUCCUCCUUCUCCAUCUCCACCACCACCCUAUGUGUAUAAGUCUCCACCACCUCCAUCCCCGUCUCCACCACCACCGUAUGUGUACAAAUCCCCACCACCUCCAUCGCCAUCUCCACCACCACCAUAUGUAUACAAAUCCCCACCACCUCCAUCCCCAUCUCCACCUCCACCAUAUUACUAUAAGUCUCCACCGCCACCAUCACCUUCACCACCACCUCCAUACUACUACAAGUCUCCACCGCCGCCUUCACCAUCACCACCACCACCAUACUAUUACAAAUCUCCACCACCACCCUCACCAUCACCACCCCCACCAUAUUAUUAUAAGUCUCCACCACCACCUUCUCCUUCACCUCCUCCACCAUACUACUAUAAAUCUCCACCACCUCCUUCACAUUCUCCUCCACCACCAUACUACUACAAGUCUCCACCUCCUCCAUCACCAUCACCACCACCCCCUUACUACUACAAGUCUCCACCACCGCCUGUUAAGUCACCGCCUCCCCCAUACUAUUACAGUUCUCCACCACCACCAGUGAAGUCUCCUCCUCCACCAUAUUACUACUCUUCACCACCACCACCAAAGAAGUCACCUCCCCCACCAUAUCACUACAGUUCCCCACCACCACCAGUUAAGUCACCUCCAACUCCAUACUACUACAAGUCUCCACCACCACCACCAAAGAAGUCUUCUCCACCACCGUACUACUACAAUUCACCACCACCACCAACUCAUUACUAUCCUCCACAUCAUCAAUUCGUGGUCAAAGUUGUCGGCAAAGUCUAUUGUUUUAGAUGCUAUGAUUCGAAGCACCCAGAAAUGUCUCACGGCAAGAAACACCUGAAAGGUGCUGUUGUUGAAGUGACUUGCAAAGCUGGUGACAAGAAAAUUGUGAGCUAUGGUACCACUAAGAUCAAUGGCAAAUUUAGCAUCACAGUUAAAGGAUUUGAAUAUCGCAAAUACGGAGGAAAGGCUUGCAAGGCUAAACUUCACAAUGCUCCAAAGGAUUCAACAUGUAACAUUCCUACAAACCUUCAUUGGGGAAUAAAGGGUGCUAACCUGAAAGUAAAGUCAAAGAAUCGUUAUGAAGUUGUACUCUAUGCAAAACCAUUUGCUUAUGGCUCUAAGACACCUUAUGCGAAAUGCCAAAAGCCCAAGCCUACACCUGCUCCAUACUAUUAUAAAUCUCCUCCACCUCCAUCACCGACUUAUGUUUAUAAGUCACCACCUCCUCCAUCACCGAAGUAUGUGUACAAGUCACCACCUCCACCAACCCCGGCAUACGUUUACAAAUCUCCACCACCACCGACUAAGUCUCCAUCGCCUGCUUAUUAUUACAAGUCUCCACCUCCACCAUCACCAAAACCUGCACCCGUAUACUAUUAUAAAUCACCACCACCCCCAUCACCAUCGCCUCCACCUCCUUACUAUUACAAAUCUCCGCCACCACCAACUAAGUCUCCACCACCUCCUUAUUACUACAAGUCUCCACCUCCACCAUCACCAAAACCAGCACCUGUAUACUAUUAUAAAUCACCACCACCCCCGUCACCAUCACCUCCACCUCCUUACUAUUACAAGUCCCCGCCACCACCAUCACCUUCUCCCCCACCUCCGUAUUACUAUAAGUCUCCUCCACCACCAUCGUCGUCUCCUCCACCACCAUACUAUUAUAAGUCCCCACCACCACCAUCUCCAUCUCCUCCACCACCUUACUAUUACAAGUCUCCACCACCACCAUCACCAUCACCCCCACCACCUUACUACUACAAGUCCCCUCCUCCACCGUCUCCAUCACCACCUCCACCCUACUACUACAAGUCUCCUCCACCACCAUCACCAUCUCCUCCACCUCCAUACUACUACAAGUCUCCUCCUCCCCCGUCGCCUUCUCCCCCUCCACCGUACUACUACAAGUCACCACCACCACCAUCGCCAUCUCCCCCACCACCCUAUUACUACAAGUCUCCACCACCACCAUCGCCUUCUCCUCCACCACCCUACUAUUACAAGUCUCCUCCUCCUCCAUCGCCUUCUCCCCCUCCACCAUACUAUUACAAGUCACCACCACCACCAUCCCCAUCUCCUCCACCACCCUACUACUACAAGUCUCCACCACCACCAUCGCCAUCUCCACCACCACCAUACUACUACAAGUCACCACCUCCUCCAUCGCCAUCUCCCCCUCCACCAUACUACUACAAGUCACCACCACCUCCAUCGCCAUCUCCUCCACCACCCUAUUACUACAAGUCUCCUCCUCCACCAUCCCCAUCACCACCACCACCCUAUUACUAUCACUCUCCACCUCCACCAGUAAAGUCUCCCCCUCCUCCCUAUUACUACAACUCACCUCCUCCACCUGUGAAGUCACCUCCUCCACCAGUAUAUAUUUACGCUUCGCCACCACCUCCAGUCCACUACUAAGAGCAUUUAGGAGUUCAGACAUUCUCCACAAUCAAUCAAAUUUUAGUUUGAAACACAAAAUAGAUGAUGGCUUCUGGAGGGAAAGAUUCAAACGUCAAUGGAACAAAGCAAUUAAUUUAUGGAAUAAGAUAUUCAAUUUUUCAAUUGAAGGAUUGAUUAUUCGUGACAUGGACCAGUUUGCUUCUACUUCUCUUUUGGCCUUCUUGCACAUUGUUCUCUUAGUGCGUUCAUCACAUGAACUUAUCUAAGCUUUGAUGCUUCCUAGAGUUUGUUUCUUCGUAAUUUAUUGUUGUAUUGAGGAUAUUGUGUCCUCAUUUUAUUCAUUCCUGUUAAUUAUUGUAUGUUGUUCUUAUAAUACUUUCGUGUACUCUAAUUGUGCACAAAUCAAUAAGAAGAUCAAUUUCGUUAUA